CACCCAUCAGGACCAGCUCUUGUGUAGGACCCUUAAGCUCAAGCAUGACAGUUUCCUACUCUCUUGGAGUGGCCAACGCCAGGUUUUGUGGCUUCUCCAGGCUGCUGUUCAGGUGGAAGGGAAGCAUUUACAAACUGCUGUAUAAGGAGUUCCUGGUGUUCUGUGCAGUUUACGUGCUCUUCAGUGUGGUUUACAGGUGUCUCCUCACGCCGAAGCAGCAGGAUCUGUUCGAGCGAGUCGCCCUGUACUGCGAUCAGUUCACCAACACCAACUUCAUCCCCGUUCUGUUUGUUCUGGGCUUCUACGUGACCCUGGCCUUUAAUCGGUGGUGGGGUCAGUACACGAGCUUCCCCCUGCCUGACAACCUGAUGAUGGUGGUGUCUGGGAAUGUCCACGGUGCCGAUGAGAGGGGGCGUCUGCUCAGACGAACCCUCAUGAGGUACGCCAACUUAUCAUCAGUCCUGAUCCUGCGCUCCAUCAGCACCAGAGUUCUCAAACGUUUCCCAACUUUGGACCACAUUGUGGAGGCUGGCUUUAUGACAACACACGAGCUGAAAAAGUUUGAGUCGCUGCACUCUGAUUUCAACAAGUACUGGAUGCCCCUGACGUGGUUCUCCAACCUGGCGUCCGGGGCCAGAGAGGAGGGCCGGGUGAGGGACGACGUGGCUCUGAGGCUGCUGAUGGACGAGCUGAACAGCUACAGGGCCAAGUGCAGCCUGCUGUUCCACUACGACUGGAUCAGCAUCCCCCUGGUCUACACGCAGGUGGUAACUAUUGCAGUCUACUCGUUUUUUGCCUUCUGUGUGAUCGGCCGCCAGUUCCUGAACCCGGAGAAGGGGUACCGGGGUCACCAGCUGGACAUGUACGUCCCCGUUUUCACCCUGAUGCAGUUCUUCUUCUACACCGGCUGGCUCAAGGUAGGAGAGCUAAUCAUCAACCCGUUUGGUGAAGACGACGAUGACUUUGAAACCAACCAGCUCAUUGACAGAAACAUCCAGGUGUCGAUGCUGGCCGUGGACGACAUGUACCAGAACCUGGCUCCAGUUGUGAAGGACAAACACUGGACGCAGGGCUACUUCUCUGUCCCCUACACCCAGGCCACAGCGGCGGAGACUCUCACACCAGCGUUCAAAGGCUCCACCUUUGACAUGAGGAUGAGUACUGAAGAUCUUGAGAUUCACCAGACGAUCGACACUCCUGCAAACAAACAGUAUUUGCCACUGCAGAGCUCUCUAGUCGAUGGAUUUGAGGGUCUCCUGAAGCGAGGUAAAGCUAACCGCAGUGAGAGCCUUCCUCAUCUGAUGAAUGUCUUGUCGCACCCACAAGAGGAAGAUGAGGGCGAUGGAGAAGACACAGAUGCCGCCAGUCAGAAAUAACAAGAGAAACUCUUGUUUAUAUGUGUAACAUGUGUACUGGGACAUUGUAAUUCUUGAUGAGACAUUUAAACAAUAUUUAAAUGUAAAGCAUUAAACAAAUGCAUGAAAUAAAACAAGUUGAAAAAGUUUCAUGUAAAAAGGUUUAACUUGUAUGACCAUAUAAGCGAGAAGUACAAUGUCCCUGUGGAUGCAAUUACUGUAUUUACAUCAUCGUACACAUAUUAGGAUGUCAACAGUGCCCUUUUGCUGUGUACCAUUAGUAACAAUUCUUGCUGAAUUACUUUGUUAUUAAAGAAAUCUGAAAAUUCCGGUGUUCUUUCUGAACUGACUCAUAGUAACUGUAGAAUAAGAAGGAACUAUGCCAAGGGAUUUGUCUUGAAACAAACACAUUAUUUUGUUCAGUGGCCAACAUGCCCCCUAAAAAUGUAGUUUGUUCUGGUUUUUUUGUUUGAAAUGUGCAUUUCACCUUCGUUCCAUGAGCCAUGAAAUAAAAUAU